UAUAGAGAGCGACGCGCAGAGCUGUAGCUCUGUGACAUAAAUCUCUCCGGAAUGCGGAGCCGGAGCUGCGAGCCGCGGAUUGACUGGAAUGAGUUGUUCUGAGAGACAGUGCUAAACGUGCAGAAGUGGAGCUGCUCCUCUGUAUUAAGAGUCUGGCCGGAGCUGUCAGAACCACGCCUAUAGGGGCCCACAAUUGGUCCAGAAAGCGUAAAAUCAGCAAUCAAAGGGGCUUGGUUCAUUAGUGUUGGGGAUGGAGGCAGGAAGGACAUGUGAGAUAGUCACAGAUCUGCAGUGAGCGGGGCCACAUCUCUCCAGUCAGUGUGGGAUGACUAAAGCAGAGGAACUGUGAGGCACACAGCGCAGCCGGGCUCUGCCUUCACACACCGCGCCGCUCCAGCUCAACGAUCGGCGGAGGAUCCAAAGGAAGCACACAUCAGCACAACUCUGUGCUGUUUUCUUCAUUCUGAUUACGCGCUGUGUGUUUGACGCGGCGCCGGACUCCUCUCAAGCGCACAACACAAACUAAACUGCUCGCGAAGCGCGGACCUACACCGGCUCCGGGGUUUUGGGGGAAAUACCACUACAAAUCUCAAAUUUUCACUUCGCUUUUUGUGGAUGCACCGAUGAGAGAUCCAGUUUUUACAGGGACUGCAAUGGCUUAUCACCCUUUCCACGCACACCGGCCGACCGACUUCCCCAUGUCCGCCUUUCUAGCGGCCGCGCAGCCUUCCUUCUUCCCGGCGCUCAGUCUGCCUCCCGGGGCGCUCACCAAGCCCAUCCCAGACCACGGCCUGGCCGGGGCGGCGGAGGCUGGGCUCCACCCGGCCCUCAGCCACCAUCAGGCGGCUCAUCUCCGCAGCAUGAAGAGCCUGGAGCCCGAGGAGGAAGUAGACGACGAUCCCAAAGUUACACUGGAAGCCAAGGAUCUGUGGGACCAGUUUCAUAAACUCGGGACUGAGAUGGUUAUUACCAAGUCCGGGAGGAGGAUGUUCCCUCCGUUUAAAGUUCGGAUAAACGGGCUCGAUAAAAAAGCCAAAUACAUCUUGCUGAUGGACAUCGUCGCGGCGGACGACUGCCGCUACAAGUUUCACAACUCUCGCUGGAUGGUCGCGGGCAAGGCCGACCCGGAGAUGCCCAAGAGGAUGUAUAUCCACCCGGACAGCCCGGCCACCGGCGAGCAGUGGAUGGCCAAGCCUGUUGCUUUCCAUAAACUCAAGCUGACCAACAACAUAUCAGACAAACACGGAUUUGUCCAGACAAUCCUGAACUCCAUGCACAAGUACCAGCCCAGGUUCCACAUAGUCCGGGCCAACGAUAUCCUCAAGCUCCCCUACAGCACCUUCAGGACCUACGUGUUCCCGGAAACCGAGUUUGUGGCCGUGACAGCGUAUCAGAACGACAAGAUUACGCAGUUAAAGAUUGACAACAACCCUUUCGCCAAAGGAUUCAGAGACACGGGGAACGGGAGGAGAGAGAAAAGUGUCGCCGACAGGAAACAGCUGACCAUGCCGUCACUGCGGAUGUAUGAGGACCAGUGUAAGGGGGACCGGGAGGGAGCAGACUCGGACGCCUCCUCCAGUGAUCCUCCAGCCGGCAGAGACACCGUCCACUCCCCGCUGGGUGCUGGUUCAAGCCCGCUGAGGUUCAGCAGGCCAAGUCAUGACGACAAAACGUGCACUGACAGCGAGCAGGAGAUGGAGCAUCAAGACGAGCUCUGCACUGCCUCAAACAGCCCUGGACCUGAACCCGUGUCCCCCUACAGCUCCAGGUGUGAGGAGCGCGUGAGGGAGCGGCCCAGCACGGAAAAGAAGGAGGACUCUUUAUUCAGUGUAAGGAACCAGGAGAAGGACAAAGCUGAAAGCAGGAGCAGGAAGGACACCUCGGACACGUUGACGAAGGACUCGGAGUCCGGAGGAAUCAGUGCCAGCAAGGAGACCUUCUCCCCUCUCAUGGUCCAGACCGAGAGCCCCUCGCACUUCAGCCCGGGCCACUUACAAAGCCUGGCUCUGUCUGGCCUGCAUAGCCAGCAGUUCUUUAACCCUCUGAACGCCGGAUCGCCACUGUUGUUUCACCCGGGUCAAUUCGCCAUGGCCCCCGGAGCCUUUUCGGCCAUGGGCAUGAGUCACCUUUUGGCCUCCGUAUCAGGGGCCGGUGGUUUGGAAAAUGGCAGCCUCUCCUCCCAGGGUGCAGGAGGAACCCCGAACCCCUUCCCCUUCCAUCUGUCCCAGCACAUGCUAGCCUCACAGGGCAUCCCCAUGCCUCCGUUCGGCGGUCUCUUCCCAUACCCAUACACCUACAUGGCGGCGGCUGCAGCAGCGGCCUCGGCCUCAGCUCUCCCGGCCACCAGCUCCUCCAACCCGCUUUCCAGGAACCCGUUCCUUAGCUCAUCCAGGCCCCGGCUCCGCUUCAACCCCUACCAGCUCCCGGUUUCCCUGUCACAGAGCUCCAGCCUGCUCACCGCUGGCCUGCAGCAGGUCGGCCUCAACCUGAGCUCUGAAUCCUCCAAACCGGGCAGCAGGGAGACCAGCCCGGCCCCGGAGCACCAUAGCAGCAACCAUAAGACUGGAGGGUCCAAUGGGAGGACCUCGUCCCCUAAAACCUCCAUGAAAGACUCGGUGAACGAGCUGCAGAGCAUCCAGAGACUGGUGAGCGGCCUGGAGGGUCAGAGGGAGCCCUCCCCAAGAGCUGACUCUCCCAAGUGAUGAACACUGAGUUUGGGAUGAAGACAAACCAGAGGACUAUAAGUGCAAGUGUCCUGUACAGCACAUUAUGGAUACUGGGACGAGUGAGGCCAUUAUGGUCCCGGUGAAGGCUGAUAACUGGUAUUUCGGGAACAAAGCUGCAGAAAUACAGAACUUUAUGUCCAUAUUAUUAAAUUUAAUGUUUCAAAUUAUAGAUAAAUGAGGGUUGAAGGCCUCUCAGACGUCAUUUUGGACCAUCAUAGACACCAAAACUCUCCCUUGAGUCCCAGGUUUGUCAGGUUAGUAUUUCCUGAAGGCAGACUUAACAUCAUAGAAACUCUGGGAUACAUCUUUGUUCUGCUAAAAUGAAAAUAAUAUAGAAAAUUAACAAUUAGGCCUAACUAAAUACAUAUAUAACAAGACAAAUUUACCACUACAGUUCAUGGACUUUCCAACAUAAAAAAUAUUGUCAAUCAAAGUUUAUCAUAUCAUAGUUGGACCACACAAGGUCAGUAUCGGCCCCCAGAUAUCGGUCUAGCCUGCCUGCGGCUCCACAGACUGAUAAAGAUGUGUCGAGUUUGUUAACUUGAAGCAGCCGGCUUCAGACCUGAACAGGAGCCUCAUCGCGUCUCAAGCUGCAUCCAAAAACUUUGUUUGUUUCAAGGCCUGACUAUUUCAAAAAAGGCAUGGAGAUGAAGAGGAAAAAAAGAGCCGCUUCUUAUCAUUUCAUGCCAGAAAAAAAAAUGUUUCUGAACUAUUUAUGUAAUUAAAGAUUAAAACAAUUCUGUAAAUAAAGCUAAGAUCCAAGAAUAUGCAAUUGGUAUUAAUUUAUUCAAGGCUGUAUAUUAGCGUGUAUAUAUUACGAAUUUUACUUUUUUCUCUUUCCUUCUCUCUCCUUUUCCUCCCCUCCUCUCCCCCAUUUUACAUGAACAUAUACUGUAAAUGAAAAGCUAUUUAGCGCUUGUUGGUUUGACAAACUGUGUAUGAAGCAUCGCUGAUUUUUAGAGGACGUGUGUGCCAUGUUUUAGUCUGCAUCCACCGACAAAAUCCAGAGGGACAGAGGGAGGAAGAGCUCCAAAUUCAUAAAAACACCUCAGGUUAUUUCACUCCAGCCAGGAGACAUUCAAAGCAAUUCCUCCUCAACGGGCGCAUCAUUCAUAUCUAUUCAUAAAUAUAUUUAAAGAUGAUGAAAGUAUCUUGUUUAUGCUGGUUGUCCGGGUUUUUUUGUUUUUUUUUGAUUGUCUCACAAUUUCAAUAAAAAAUCGUUGUGCUGAAA